AGAAAUAUUUAGCAGCCAGGAAAAAAAAAAAAAACAACGGGAAGUCUGGAAGCCAGGCACAAUACAAAGUGAGUGAAGAAACGAAAGCAAGGGGAUUGCGAGCUUCGGGUUGCUGCAAGGAUCGCUGAGGAAAGGGAGUGGCGGUGAGAGUCGAAGACUGCGAAACUCGCAUCCCAGGACAUGACCUUUCUUCUGCCUUCUGACUCUCUUUUACUGCCUUCAAUUAUUUUGCUACACAGUGUUGAAGAAGUAAUUUGGACCAAUUAGAGCUUGCUUGUUCACAUAUAUUCAAUUCAGUGCAAAGAAAAUUGGUACAUAUGGCAGGAUUCUUAUCUAUGGAGUCAGUGAAUAAUGGAACAUCUGAUGGCAGUGCUUUUGAAAGUUCUACCAUGGCCAAGAAAGGGGAAGAAGCAGGUCGCUGGUACAUGGCUAGGAAAGAAAUAGAGGAAUAUUCUCCAUCCAGAAGAGAUGGAAUUGGCUUGAAGAAAGAGACAUAUCUGCGCCGGUCUUACUGCACAUUCUUACAAGAUUUAGGCAUGAGGCUUAAAGUACCUCAGGUAACUAUAGCAACAGCCAUAGUUUUUUGUCAUCGGUUCUUUCUUCAACAAUCUCAUGCAAAGAAUGAUAGAAGGAUUAUUGCAACCGUCUGUAUGUUCCUUGCUGGGAAAGUUGAAGAGACUCCUCGACCACUAAAGGAUGUCAUUAUUGUUUCUUAUGAGAUUAUUUACAAAAAAGAUCCUGCUGCUGCACAGAGGAUAAAACAGAAGGAAGUAUACGAGCAGCAGAAAGAGUUGAUUUUACUGAAUGAGAGGUCUGUGCUUGCCACGUUAGGUUUUGAUCUCAAUGUUCAACAUCCCUACAAGCCCCUUGUUGAGGCCAUAAAGAAGUUCAAUGUUGCAAAGAGUGCCCUUGCACAAGUUGCAUGGAAUUUUGUCAAUGAUGGGCUGAGGACAUCGCUCUGCCUGCAAUUUAAGCCACAUCAUAUUGCAGCAGGUGCCAUUUUCCUUGCUGCCAAGUUCCUAAAAGUGAAGCUUCCAUCAGAUGGUGAGAAGGUUUGGUGGCAAGAGUUUGAUGUCACCCCACGCCAAUUGGAGGAGGUUAGCAAUCAAAUGCUGGAACUCUAUGAGCAGAAUAAAGCUCCACCAUCUCAAGGAAGUGAAGUAGAAGGGAGUGUUGGAGUAGGCACAAGAGCUGCGGCAAAAGAACCUGCUGUGAGUGAGGAGCAGGUUUCAGAACAAAUACCAUCUCAUUCCGCUCAUCAGGACUCACCUGCAUGUGAGGUUCCACCAACAAGCACAGAAAACCAAAGUAAUGAUGGGAGUGCAGAAAUGGGAAGUGUAAUUACUGAUCACAAGUUGGAUGUGGAAAUUAGAGAUUCUCAGCUUUCAGAUGGGUUGCCACAGAAUGAUAAAGAGAGAGAAUUGGCAGGUGGAUCAAACAUGGGAACUCAGCAAAUAGGUGCAGGGGACCAAGAUAGAAUUGGUGAUACAAAUGAGGCUGCAGAAUUGCAAAGGAGGGAGGAUUUGGCAUUGCACAAUUCCUGCAGCGUUGUUCGAAAUUUAGAGUAUCGAGAAGGCUCUAUUGAUCAGUCACCCAAAGAAGCAAUUAAGAUGAUUGAUAAAGACAAGGUCAAGGCUGCAUUAGAAAAAAGAAGGAAAGCACGAAGGGAAAUUACAUUGAAGAAGGAUGAUGUAAUGGAUGAGGAUGAAUUUAUUGAGAGGGAGCUAGAGGAUGGUGUAGAGUUGGCUGCCGAGGAUGAGAAAAAUAAGUGGGAGGGGAGACCAUAUGGAUCUGAAUGCGAUAGCGCAGAUUGUAGAAGGAUAAAUGAGGAAAUUGAUGACGGGAAAGCUGUGGCUGGGAAGCGGCAGUCAUGUAAAGAAGCGAAACUGAAAGAGGAGAUAACAGACGAUUCCUCAACUUUGAUGAACAAGCACAAGAGAAAGGCAAUGUAUUCGCCAGGCGGGCAACCCGGGGAUAAAAAGUGGCUUGACCCAAGUUAUCAUGAUGAGGUUGCAGAAGAUGUGAACUGGAAGGGUGGAGUUUCUUAUGAAGAGGGGAACUGCUGAAGAGCAGAAGAGGAAAGCGAUUGGUGAGAAGAAUUAGUCUGUCCUCUAUUUGAAGGCUCAUUGUGGCAGAGGGUUGCUAAAGAAGUGACGAUUCUGAUGCCUUUGUAUGUGUUGUACAAUUUCAUGUCUAAGGAGCCUGGAUAUUUCAUUUUUGGGAGUGACAGUGAAGGUUGAUGCACAGUUGCUAAUUAUUUAAGUAAUUAGCUUCCUCAGAGUCAUCCUGCCUAAUAGAUGAAUGGUGCUUGAAAUGGAAGUCAUUGAGAAUUGUAAUCUGAUCUCCUGGGCUUUGAUGGUGCUCAUCUUAAAGAAUAUAAAUGCAAGAAACAUAAGAAAUGUGUAGUUAAAUUAUGAAUGGUUAAUAUGGCAUUGUUAUAUUCGAAACAAGUUGGCAAUAAGCGUUCAA